AUGUAUAAAGCUCUACUAGCUUUACUAAUACUAUGCUCAAUUUGCUGGAUCAUUCAGCUUUUACCUGUGAUAUCUGUUCCUUUGACAGCUCAAUCAAGUAAUAUAUAUUUAUCUAAUUUUCAAAAUUAUACAUUUGGGGUUUUUGGAGUAUGCGAUACGAGAAAUGGAUUAUGCAGCCCACCUAGAAUAGGUUAUCCACCAACGAAUAGCACCUUCUAUGGAUUCGUAGAAGAAGGAGACACAGGAGCAGUUGUUUUACCGUCAGAUGUUAGAUACACCAUUUCAAAAUUAUUGGUGGUUCAUGUUGUUGCAUUUUGUUUAUCAAGUUUACUUUUGAUGGUUAUAUUCUACUUGUUUGGUUUGGAAAGUAUUGACAGGUGUAAAUUUAAUAAAACGAAAAGGCGGCAUAAAUCCCAUCACGAUACUCAUCAAUUAAGAAAUGAGAGAGAAGAAGAAGAGGAAGAAGAAGAGGAUCAUGAUGAUAACAAUCACAAUAGUGAAUCUACAUCAGUUGAAUUGAAAAGAGAUAAACGAGAUUUAACAUCAUACUUGAAUAUUAUGUUAAUUCUAACAUUUUUUUCGGUACUAACCAAUCUACUCGCCUUUUUGGCUGAUAUUCUUUUGUUCAUUCCUAAUUUGAGUUACUUAGGAUGGAUUCAAUUAUUACCAAUUGUAACUAUGGCCUUAAUUACAUCGAUGUUGUGUUUUAUCAAACGAUCUAUAUCAAGCAGGAAAUUUUUCGAAAGUUACGACCAUCAGUAUGCUAAUGAUGACAUGAAAACACUUAGAAACAGGGUUAUGGAUCAAUCUUGGAAUGAUUCUUCAAGCGAUGAUGGAUUUUACGUAUACACCGAUGGAUUUUAUACAAGAAACGAGGGUGAUCAAGCGACUAGAGAUAGAGUAAAUUCUGCCGUCUCAUUGAGCUCAAGUGUUCGACGAAAUAGUAGAAGAACUUUAGAGGAAACUUAUUCGGUCAACUCACAACAAAAUUCUUACGAAAUGGUAAACCUAAGGUAG